ACGAAAAGAAGGUACAUGUAACGUUAGCGUCUUUGCUACGUUUUCAAACUAUUUACAGUUGAUCCGAAGCGGGUGCAGCUCCUCAACAAAUGAGAGGGAACAGUCAUCUUUCAUCGAUAGUGCAGACCAGCAGUCCUACAGUGAAACCAGAGGGAUGCCUGCAGCAGAGAGCAGCCAUGCCCAGCGUGUCCUGUCCUUCCUGAAUCAGCAGAGGGCAGUAGGGAGGUUUUGUGAUGCAGUCUUGAAUGUGGGAGGGGGAGUGGUCUACCUGGCCCAUCGCAACAUCCUUGCCUGUUUCAGUGAACUGUUCCAACAGACCAACAUGCCCACUGCACCAUGCAUGGAGUUCUGCCUUCAGGAGUGCCCCAAUGAUGGUCUGGAGCUGCUGCUGAACUUUGUGUACACCGGAGAGCUGAAGCUGGAUCCUGACAACCUGGACAAGGUGGAGCAUGCAGCAACCAGCCUGUGUGUACCAGAAGCGCUCACACUCUGUCAGCAGUUCAAGGAAGCCUCUGAGGAUCCUGCGCCUUUCAAGCGUAAACGAGGCAGACCGAGGAAGUCUACAUCAGACGCAGCCCCUCCUUGUCCAGUCAAGGAAGAGAACUUGCUUACGAAAGACGAGUCUGUCUUUGAUACGGCUACAGCCAAUUCAAGCAUGGCCGCCGCCGCCACCACCACCACCCGCUCUGGUCGUGUUGUGAAGGGUCCCAGGCGACUGGUGACUGAUGAAAGCCCCACCACUGAUUUUACAGCCCCUGAAAAAUCCAGCAAGAGGCCUCCACUGAUUCCCACGCAGAGAGAAAGCGGUGAUGUUGUGGAGAACCAGAACCCAGAUCAGCCAGCGGAUGAAACUGAGGUAACUGAGCCGCAGAUUGCCGGAAAUAAUAAUGGUGCUAGCCAGGCAACUGAGGAAGCAGAAGAAGAUGAUGAUGGAGGAGAUAUCGAUGGCGUCGCUGAAGACACAGAUGAGGAGUACGUGCCCAUCGCCGAGCCCAAUUCCUUAUCCCCAUCCCCAUCAACUGCACGGAAACGCAAAACCGUCUGUAAACCAGACAAGAACGAGAACGGCGAGGCUGUGGAAGAAGAGUCCAAGAAGGAUUCCGUGCAGUGUCCCGUCUGUGACAAAUCCUUCAAGAGCAAAUACUACCUCAAAGUCCACAACAGGCGGCACACAGGGGAGAGGCCCUUUGGUUGCCUUAAAUGUGGAAAGAGGUACUUCAGGAAGGAGAAUCUUUUGAUACAUGAGAUCAGAGACUGUGCUCGAGUACAGACGUACACCUGCCUGACAUGCUCCGCAACGUUUAAUGGGAAAGAAGAGCUACGUCUGCACGUUGUCUCCCACACUGGAGAUAUGCCCCACAAGUGUUCAACAUGCGCUGAACAGUUUAUGCACAAGAAAAACUUGACGAUUCACAUGAUGAAGGUUCACGGUUACCCCAAACCACACGCAUGUCCCCAGUGUCCCAAAACCUUCUUAACUCGCACGGAGCUGCGUGUGCACGAAGCAGCCAAACAUCGAGGCGAAAAGCCGUUUGUGUGUGAGGAGUGCGGCCAUCGAGCCUCCAGUCGCAACGGCCUGCAGAUGCACAUCAAAGCCAUUCACAGGAAUGAGCGGCCUUUUGUAUGUAGCUUAUGUGGCCAUGCGUUCUCCCAGAAGAACAACCUAAACAUGCAUCUGCGCAUACACAGUGGUGAGAGGCCGUACCAGUGUCACCUCUGUGGCAAAACCUUCAGGACGCAAGCCAGUCUAGAUAAACACAACCGGACGCACACCGGUGAGCGUCCUUUUAGCUGUGAUGUUUGCGAGCAGCGCUUCACAGAGAAAGGCGCCCUUGUCCGCCACAAGGCCAGCAAGCACGAGGAGGGCCGCCCCCACUGCUGUCACAUAUGUGGCAAAACCUUCAAAGCGAAGGAGCAACUUCGUGUUCAUCUGCGUCGCCAUAAGGGCAUGAGGAAGUUUGAGUGUAUUGACUGCGGCUACAAGUUCACUCGGCAGGCACACUUGCGAAGACACAUUCAAAUCCACAAACGCACUGAGAACUACAACCCCCGGCAGAGGAAACUAAGGAACGUGAUAGUGCAGGAUGUGGACAGAAGUGAGACCGAAGCAGCGGAAGGCUCGCUGAUCACAGAGGAGACGGAUUACGCCCCAGAGACCGCCGACGUCCAGGAGUCCACAAACCCAGAGCCCGACUCCGGGUCUGGCCUCGGUUCUAGCUGCAUAGUGAGGGUGGUGAUCGAGUCGAGUGACGCUGCGAUGGAGGAGGUGUCAUCCGACCAGGAUCUGGGGCGUGUCGAGGCAGCGGAGAGCUUCUCUGUGCCAGAAGUCUUGCAGCAGUCGCAGCUGGUCACUGAGGCCUACGAGUCCUCGAUGGAUAUGGAGGGAAUCGUUGAGAACGUGUCAGAGAGUAAGACCUGAGGAGACCAAAGACCAGAGACUGUGUGCAGCCCACUCGGAACUGAGGUCACUGGGAAGACCACUUAUUAAAGGACAAGAACUUAACUGUGAGGCUGGAAGAUAAACUGCAACUGAGUCAGCUCCUGUUGAGUUUCAAGACUUUCAAGAGAAGAGCGGCAAGUAACCGCCAUGCUUUCAGUAGUUAGCACAGUGAGUGAAGUGCAUGCUUGUGAAGGCUGUUUGAACGUGAAAUUAAUUUUUUUGUUUUGUUUCAUAAAGCCUCUUUUCAUCAAUGUGCCUCAAGCAGCUGCACGCUGACAAAUUAGUAAUAAAUAAAUGGUUUUCAUUCUUGCCACUGAAGGUAUUAAAGGAAUAGUUUGGUGUUUUGGAAAAUACGCUUAUUAUCUUUCUUACAAAGAGUCAGAUGAGAAGAUGGCCACCAUUCUCACAUGUCCAUUAAAUAUGAGGCUUUCGUUUGUUUAGUCUGUACAAAAAAACAAAGUUUUAAAAACAACAACUGCCAUUUUAUGGAGGUGCAGACUACUUCUUGACCGCCAGCAGAGCGCCACUGCUCAGAAGUAGCCAAAAAGAAAUAGUCUGGUCAAGUUUCACACUUUGUUGUUUUAAAUAGACAAGCAAGAUGCUUAUUAGUGAGCUUUAGAGGUUUUGUCUUGCUUGGACACAGCCAGGGUAGUUUUUCCACCGUAUCCAGUCUUUGUGCUAAGCUAAGCUAACCAUCUGCUGGUUGUAGCUUCGUAUUUACUGCACGUAUGUGAGAGUGGUAUCAAUCUUCUCAUCUCUUGGCGAGAAAGCAUUAUUUUCUAGAAUGUCGAGCUUUUGCAUUAAGGUGUCUGCAGAGCUGAGAUAGGGAUGCUGAUUGUGGAGCUCUUACCAGGGCAGAUAUACAGUAUGUUGAAUCUUUUUCUAGUUUAAAGGUGCCGUCAUCCUUCAACCACAAGCAGAACUGUGGAGCAACAUUUUUAUGUGCGGCGUGGGUUUUGUUCAUGAAGUGCUUGCAAUCGAGGACGUUGGUGACCAGUUUUGUGCUAUUUGGCCAAUAGACUGCGGCGAUGACGUGCACAUAAGCCCGACAAAGGCAGUGAAGAAGACCGCUAGUAUGCAAACACGGAUCGGCUUUACAAAUAUUUCAUGCAAAAGGAAAUAAAUUCAGCGUGUUUGUUGGAUCUUAAGAGAAACUGAAUGUAGAUGUGAAUUUUGUUUGUUGACAAAACACUGCACCUUUAAACGCAUAAUACGGAACAUUUACGCAUUAAAGUGUGUAAAAACGGCUAGAUCUAUGUUAUGUAUUUUGUUUAGUUAUGUACUUUAAAUAUCCCAAAUGUUUCCAAUAAUGUUUGAAAGUGAAAUUCAUAAUUGUAUUACAGGAAGCGGUGCGUUUCGUUCGCUCUGACUUCUGGGCAGAGUGAGAAAGGAUGUCGGUGAACUAGCUAGCCACUCUAAUGCGGUUUAACAAUGAAGACAAACUCCCAUGAUCCUAUUGUAUGUCAUGACAUCAUCAAACGCCAUCUUUUGCUACUGUUUUUGAUUGAAUGACACCCAGUGGCAGAAAUGACAUACUGUGCGUUUAAUGUCUGCAGAUCAGAUUUGUUCUGCCUCAUUUCUAAUGUCCUCAGUUCACAGAGACUGUAAAAGAUGCACGUUGUUCACAGAUAUCAGAACAUCCUUAAAUGGAAUUAUGACAAUACACAGGUUAAUGAUUUUCUGUUAAAAUAUCCAGCUUUAUAAGUGAACACAUUAACUUGCUCUUGCUGUACGUAAAAAAAAAAGUUAAUGCAUUUUGUCUUUUCACACUCAGCUACAACUACUGUCCACUGUUUAUAAGAAAUAUAUUAGCAACCUGCUAACAGCUCAUCGAAUGCGACUCAGCAAAAUAAAC